ACUUAUUUACUGGUGUUUGAACUUGAACAGGAGCAACCUCUUUCCUUUUUACUGAAUACAAGUAUGUGGGAAUCUUCAUGGUGGCUUUUGCCAUUUUGAUAUUCCUCUUCCUUGGUUCAGUGGAAGGAUUCAGCACAAGCCCCCAGCCUUGCACAUACGAUAAAACUAAAACGUGUAAGCCAGCACUUGCCACGGCUAUUUUCAGCACCGUAUCUUUCCUGCUUGGUGGCGUCACAUCACUUGUUUCUGGAUUCCUUGGAAUGAAAAUUGCAACUUACGCCAAUGCAAGAACCACCCUGGAGGCAAGAAAGGGCGUUGGGAAGGCCUUCAUUACGGCUUUUAGAUCUGGUGCUGUUAUGGGUUUUCUCCUAGCUGCAAAUGGUCUUCUGGUUCUUUACAUUGCCAUCAACUUGUUUAAGAUCUACUAUGGUGAUGACUGGGGUGGUCUUUUUGAGGCCAUAACUGGUUAUGGUCUUGGUGGGUCUUCUAUGGCUUUGUUUGGGAGAGUUGGCGGAGGUAUUUAUACCAAAGCUGCUGAUGUUGGUGCUGAUCUUGUUGGCAAGGUUGAGAGGAAUAUUCCCGAAGAUGAUCCCAGAAAUCCAGCUGUGAUUGCUGACAAUGUUGGUGACAAUGUUGGAGAUAUAGCUGGUAUGGGAUCUGAUCUGUUUGGUUCAUAUGCGGAGUCAUCUUGUGCUGCUCUUGUUGUUGCUUCCAUCUCCUCAUUUGGGUUGAAUCAUGAGUUCACUGCGAUGCUCUACCCUCUCAUUGUCAGUUCUGUGGGUAUUCUUGUUUGUUUGCUCACCACCUUAUUUGCAACUGACUUCUUUGAGAUCAAGGCUGUGAAGGAGAUUGAGCCUGCAUUGAAAAAGCAGCUCGUUAUUUCCACUGUGUUGAUGACUAUUGGGGUUGCAGUUGUUAGUUUUGUUGCACUUCCAACUUCCUUCACUAUCUUCAAUUUUGGAGUGCAGAAAGACGUCAAGAGCUGGCAGCUAUUUUUGUGUGUUGCUGUUGGUCUUUGGGCAGGACUUAUUAUCGGAUUUGUAACCGAGUACUAUACUAGUAAUGCAUAUAGUCCUGUUCAAGACGUAGCUGACUCCUGCAGAACUGGUGCUGCAACUAAUGUUAUAUUUGGCCUUGCCUUGGGAUACAAGUCUGUUAUCAUUCCAAUUUUUGCUAUAGCAAUUAGUAUUUUUGUUAGUUUCACCUUUGCUGCCAUGUAUGGUAUUGCCGUGGCUGCACUUGGGAUGCUGAGUACCUUUGCCACUGGGUUGGCCAUAGACGCAUAUGGUCCAAUCAGUGACAAUGCUGGAGGUAUUGGAAUGAGUGCCGAAGAAUCUUUAUCACCUUUAAUUUGUGUAUAAAGUUAAGAGUUUUGG